GGUUGUUGGUUGUGUAUCUCGAUGUGGGAUUGGACUCAUUGGAGAGACGGCAAAUUCAUCCUAGCCAGUGUACCUUGCCUCGCAACGUCCACGCGCGCAGCGCAGUUCGCUGCUGUGGCAGACCGUCCGUCCCCCUACGAUAAAUGUAAGCUGCUUCCGCCGUCGAACGGGGGGAACGAGAGGAUCUGCAGCCGCCUGUGCAUGUUUGGCACAGAGUACAGAGCGUCCUGUCGUUGCAUUCGAGGGCUGCGUCGGCGGGCCUUGGAUGUUGGGGCCUUUCUAGAAGACUAGAAGUGAAGCUAGAAAGUCUCCGUGCUUCUGGGGCCUGGCCUGGCUUGACGGUUGACCUGGCUCGACCUGACUUGACGCUGGACUUGGCUUGACUUGGCCUGAACUACUGAUCGAUGAUGAAAAGGCCCCUCGCUUAUUCUUGCUCGCCCGUCGACCGUUGGCCAUUCACGCGUCUCUUAACCCACCUUUUCCCUUCCCACCCCCCCGUCCAGGUUCCCACCCCGUGGUCUGGUCUACGGAGGUACGCGGUCUGCCAGUCCUCAAUUGACACUGACAGUGGCACUACGAACCGUGCUACUCUACGGAUCGGAGAUACCUGCACACGAGGUCCAGCCGUUUUCCCCUCCGAGCCUCCCUUCGAACUGCUGGUUUCCUAUCCCCUCCAUCCGGCAAUCCCUAUCCCUUUCUCCCAAGAAUCUGCCACCAAGAUCGAACAUCGCCCACGAAAGAAAAGCUCCAGCGCUCCGCGCGAGGCUCCCCCGUCCCCGCGCUACCCGUGCGCCGCACCUCUGCGUCUCGGCGUCCUCCCGAGUCCCGCGUCCGAGAGAUCCAAACCUGCUUCUGCGGUCGACUUCUCGACUCGGGCAGGUUCUCCUGAGACAAAGAGGAAGCCUCCCGCAUGUUCGGAAUCCGAGGCUCUUGCCUGCACAGUUCGUCGCCAGUGUCGCGGCGCGGAGAGGGCGAAGUGAACAUUCGAGGCGCCCGAGGAGCACCAACCUAAGUGACAAUGUCUGGGCUAUUCAGUAAAUUCAAGGGAGCGUCAUCUGGAAUUACAAGCCCAGGCGGCA